AUGAUCGUCAUGAGAGGAGUAGACGAGAUGAUGGCAGAAGUUACCGAAGAUCUCGCAGUCCCGAGACCUCGUCCGGGAACUAAUCACCUGUGGCCCUUGCAGAGACGAUAUCGUGAACGCGAACGCGAACGCGACCGUGAUCGUGAUUCAUUCCGCAGACGUGACCGCUCGAUAGAUAGACGCGAUGAUCACCGUGACGAAGACAGUUAUCGACCCAGUCGCAGAGAUCGUUCCCGUGACCGACGUCGAUCGAGAGACCGAGAUGAUGAUCGGGAUUACCGUCGCAGAAGCCGCGAUAGGGAUUAUCGAAGCAGGCGAGAUGACUCCCGCGAUAGGGCUCGGAGACGGACAGACGAUUCUGCUGAUUUGAAACACAAGUCUAGACGGGAUGACAGCCGAGACCGGGGAAAGGACUCGGCCCCGCGAUCUCGCGAGACGUCGAAACCUUCCACACCAGUCUCUGCCGCUCCGACGGACGAGCAAAAACGCGCCGAACGGCUAGCGAAAUUGGAAGCAUGGAAACAGAAACAGGCUGCUGAGAAGGAACGAAAACAGCAGGAAGCUGCCGCCGCCGGUGGCCCUAGGAACAUCUUGGAAGAAAUCGAUCGAAAGUCAGGCCUAUCGCCAGCUGUCGACUCCCCUCAAUCCCCCGUACCUGCUCCCACCGGGUAUGCCGGAAAGUUCGACCCCAAGGCUAUUGCGAAGAAUGCCGCUGCUCCAACUCAAGCUGCGCCGGCUGUGUUGGGGACUGAUAUCUCUGUUCCGGUUACGGCUAAGACAUCCACUACCACCACUACCACUACUACCACCACUACCACCACUGCCAUCACUGCCACCACCUCUAAGGUGUCUGCUAACAAACCUACUGCCUCUUCAAGUGCAUCUUCUUCUGCCCUAAAAGCCAAGGGCAAUGUAGGUGGAUUUGGUUUGGUCAACAAGCAAGCCACAGAUACCGACAAGUCCUCCGCAACGAAGAAGAAGACCCUCGGAUUUGGUGAAGAAGAAUCGACGCGACGAAAGCUCGAAAAGCUGCCUACGCCUCCAUUAGAUGACACCAAAGAGGCUGAUAAACCAGUCGAAGCGGGCGCGGAAGAAGACGACGAUGUCGACAUGCAGGACGGGGGCACCGAAGAGGAAAAUGCCGCGGCGGCACGAGCAGCUGCCGAAAGGCGAGAAGAACGCCUGCAGAACGAAGCGUUCAAGUCACAAACACCAGCAGACGAGAAUCAAACUAACGGUGACGUGCAAUCUAAUGAUUUAUCUUCCAAUCAGCAGCAAGAAUCCGAUAAAAUGGAUGUUGAUGCGGAAGAGGUGGAAGAAGAAGAAGAGGUCGAUCCCUUGGAUGCUUUCAUGUCGGAGCUGGCGGAGUCCGCUCCUCCCAAGAAGACCUCGGGUGCCAAGUUUUCCAAAGCGAAGCCAGAGCAGCCGGAAGCUAUGUUUGGUGAUGAGCACGAUGUAGAUAUGACUGCCGUGGGUGACGGUGAUGCGGACGACUUCUUAGCCAUUGCCAACAAGGCGAAAAAGAAGAAGGACAUCCCGACAGUCGAUCACAAGAAAGCGGAAUAUGAGUCUUUCCGAAAGAAAUUUUACACCGAGCCCAGCGAUCUGGCGCAGAUGUCCGAAGAGGAGGUCGCUAAUUUGCGGUUGGAAUUUGACGGGAUCAAGGUUCGCGGAGUGGAUGUUCCAAAGCCAGUGCAGAAGUGGUCUCAGUGUGGUUUAGGAGUGCAGACUCUAGACGUGAUUGAUCGACUGGGCUACGAUAGUCCUACGUCGAUUCAGGGACAAGCCAUCCCAGCAAUCAUGUCCGGGCGUGAUGUGAUCGGUGUAGCCAAGACGGGAUCUGGUAAAACAGUCGCCUUCUUGAUCCCCAUGUUCCGACAUAUCAAAGACCAGCGGCCGCUGGAUAACAUGGAAGGACCUAUUGGGCUGAUCAUGACGCCGACCCGUGAACUGGCAACCCAGAUCCACAAGGACUGCAAGCCGUUUUUGAAGGCCUUGAAUCUCCGGGCUGUGUGCGCUUAUGGUGGAGCCCCCAUCAAAGACCAGAUUGCUGACCUCAAGCGUGGUGCGGAGAUCAUUGUUUGCACCCCGGGACGGAUGAUUGACUUGCUUGCGGCCAAUUCUGGGCGAGUCACAAAUCUGCGCCGCGUGACCUAUGUUGUCUUGGAUGAAGCCGAUCGCAUGUUCGACAUGGGCUUUGAACCCCAGGUCAUGAAAAUCAUGGCCAACAUUCGACCGGAUCGACAGACAGUUCUCUUUUCGGCCACUUUCCCGCGGAACAUGGAGGCACUUGCCCGCAAGUCCUUGAACAAACCUGUGGAGAUCGUGGUCGGCGGCAAGAGUGUCGUUGCGCCUGAGAUCACACAAAUCGUGGAGGUUCGUAGUGAAGACAAGAAGUUUAUUCGUCUGCUCGAACUGCUGGGCAAUUUGUAUUCCGACGAGGCUAACGAAGACUCCCGUGCCCUGAUUUUUGUUGACCGUCAAGAAGGAGCCGACAACCUUCUUCGUGAGUUGAUGCGCAAGGGUUACCCAUGCAUGUCCAUUCACGGUGGAAAGGACCAAAUUGACCGCGAUUCCACGAUUGAAGAUUUCAAGGCCGGUAUAUUCCCCGUUCUGGUUGCCACCUCCGUUGCCGCUCGUGGUCUGGAUGUCAAGCAGCUCAAGCUCGUUGUGAACUACGAUGCGCCGAACCAUCUCGAAGAUUAUGUUCACCGCGCAGGACGAACUGGGCGAGCUGGGAAUACUGGAACUGCAGUGACGUUCCUGACUGAAGAUCAGGAGCGGUAUUCGGUCGAUAUCGCUAAGGCGUUGAAACAAAGUGGCCAGCAAGUGCCCGAGCCCGUGCAGAAGCUGGUUGAUUCGUUCUUGGAGAAAGUGCGCGCGGGCAAAGAGAAGGCCAGCGCGUCUGGGUUCGGUGGAAAAGGACUGGAGCGGCUAGAUCAGGAACGAGAUGCCGCUCGGAUGCGAGAACGCCGCACUUACAAGACCGGCGAAGAGGGCGAAGAGGAAGAGGAGAAGGACGAGAAGAAGAAUGAGCAGGCCGAAGAGAAGUUCAACAAGAUGAUAUCCGGGUCUCAAAACGCCCCUGCGGCGCCGACUCCCGGCGUUCCCAAGGGCAUUGAUCUCGAUGGCAAGAUCACUGUGCACAGGACCGAGAAGGAUCCUGCCAGCACAUCGAAGAACCCAUUGGACAAGGUGGGCUCGGCGGUUGCAGAUAUCCAUGCACGUCUCAGUCGUGCCGGUGUUAUGAGAUCUGGCGUGCCUAUUGACAACCGCGGCCCUGACGCCGGAGCUUUCCAUGCUACUUUGGAAAUCAACGACUUUCCACAGAAAGCACGAUGGGCCGUUACCAACCGUACGAACGUGGCCAAGAUCCUCGAAGCUACCGGAACGUCCAUCACCACCAAGGGCAGUUUCUACGGGACUGGCAAAGAGCCAGGCCCCGGCGAGAACCCCAAGCUGUAUAUUCUUGUUGAAGGCGAAACCGAGCUCUCCGUCACGAAUGCCAUGCGGGAGCUUAUGCGGCUGCUCAAGGAAGGAACCAUUGCCGCUGCGGAUAGCGACGCGCGGGCCCCCGUGGGAGGACGGUAUAACGUGGUCUAA